CGGAGCUUCCUCGUAAAAUAUGUAACGUCGGAGGUGGAGCUUUGCAUUUAGUAACCGCCGCAGGCCUCCACCAACUUCCAGUAUAGUAUUCUACGGCUGGAUAUCCUCCAAAUGAGCAAGUUACUGCCUCCGGUCGGCGGAGCUGCCUCGCCGCCUCUCGCCUCCCGAAUACUAUAUAAGGGGACGAGACGCUGCUUGCCAUCCCCAGUUCGUCCAGCUCCAAGAAACCCUCUCUGCUACCCGACCAGCCGAACUUCACUUACUCACGUACCUUUUCAACACAACUCCUAUCUGCUCAUACCAUGGCUCCUAUCGCAAAGCAAGAACAUUACCGGGUGGUCAUUGUCGGGUCAGGCCCUGCUGGCCACACCGCCGCCAUCUACUUGGCUCGUGCCAACGUCAACCCUGUCAUGUUUGAAGGUUUCAUGGCAGCUGGAGUCGCAGCUGGUGGACAGCUCACAACGACAACCGAGAUCGAGAACUUCCCCGGUUUUCCUGACGGUCUUUCCGGCCCCGAACUUAUGGACCAGAUGCGCAAGCAGUCGGAGAAAUUCGGCACGAAGAUCUUCACAGAAACUAUAUCUAAGGUUGACUUGAGCGUGAGGCCCUUCAAGCUAUGGAGGGAAGGAAGCGAUGUGGAGGAUAACGACGCCAUUUUGGCUGAUGCCGUCGUUAUUGCCACGGGUGCCACUGCUAAGAGGCUUCACAUUGCCGGCGAGGAAACGUUCUGGCAAGCCGGCAUCUCCGCCUGCGCAGUCUGCGACGGCGCCGUGCCCAUCUUUCGCAACAAGCCUCUCGUCGUCGUCGGCGGCGGCGACUCUGCAUCCGAAGAGGCAACGUUCCUCACAAAAUACGCUUCAAAAGUCUACGUCCUCGUCCGCUCCAACAAACUCCGCGCGUCGAAGGUCAUGGCCGAUCGCCUGCUCGCCCACCCGAAGGUGGAGGUGCUCUGGAACAAGGUACCCGUAGAAGCCAAAGGUGACCGUCUCCUCAAACAACUCGUCAUCGAGGACACAGUGACAAAGAAGCAAACCACCAUGGACGUCAACGGUCUCUUCUACGCCAUCGGCCAUACACCCAACACCGCCGUCUUCGGAAAGCAAUUAGACCUCGAUGACGUCGGUUACAUCAAGGUCAAGCCCAAUGCGGGCGUGCCAUCCACAUACACAAACAUCGAAGGCGUGUUUGCUUGUGGUGAUGUGCAGGACAGGACGUACAGGCAGGCAAUCACGGCCGCUGGAAGCGGAUGCAUGGCUGCCCUUGAUUGUGAGAGGUGGUUGGAGGGGCAGGAAACGCACACCAAGAUCUCAACGCUCACGAUCUCAGAAUAAUACCCCCGGAAACUCUAGCUAGACUGAUUUCAUCUCAACCCGCCUCAUCGCCUCAUGACCUGUAUAUAUAGAUAGAUUAAGUAUUUUCCACUCCGGUUUCAUGAUUUUGCAUUGCUUUUCUGUUUUCCGCAACACACUAUUCCUUUAAUAUAUGGCCGAUUCUUGGAACUCCGUCGAAAAUCCAUGAAAACGCUAGCAACGCGCAUUUAAAUCCGGGAGCGGAACUCCAUGGAUUUGCAAUGUGCAUGCGUUGGAGGCACUUUUGUCCUGGCCGUUAUAAUUGUCGGAAGGAG